AUGGGUGUCAUCCAAUAUCGCACAAACGAUGCCCUCGACAUCAACCUUCCUGCUGGUGACCAGAAGCUGUCAGUCAACGGCUCUGACUGGCUCUGGGCUGUGACAGCCGUGUACCUGUUCAUAUUCCUGGCCGUUUGCAGCCUGACCUUUGUUGCGCGCAACGGCGAGAAGAUCUUCCACUACAUCUACAGCAUCGCCCUGCUCGUCGGCGCGGUCACGUACUUUGCCCAGGCCUCGGACCUGGCCUACAGCGUGAUCAAGACGACCGACCAGCUCGGCAACGGGCUGACGCGCCAGAUCUUCUUUGCCCGCUACAUCAACUGGGUCGUCAGCUUCCCGAGCGUCAUCCUCACGCUCGGCCUGCUCUCGGGCGUGUCCUGGGCCACGAUCAUCUACAACAUCUUCCUCGCUUGGUUCUGGAUCCUGUCCUACAUCUCGUCCGCCUACACGACGACGACGUACAAGUGGGGUUUCUUCGCCUUCGGCACCAUCGCCUGGAUCCUGCUGGCCGCCAACACCACCGCCCACUCGUUCAAGUCGGCCAGCCGUGUCGGUGUCGCCCGCGACUACACCAUCCUCACCUGCUGGACCAACCUACUCUGGCUGCUGUACCCGAUCGCCUUUGGCCUGAGCGACGGCGGCAACAAGAUCUCCGAGACGAGCGGCUUCAUCUUCUUCGGCAUCCUCGACAUCCUGUUGAUCCCCGUCCUCUCGCUCUGCACUCUCUUCCUGUCACGCAACUGGGACUACAACAAGCUCAACAUCGCUUUCACCCAGUACGGCCGUGUGCCCGUCUCCAGCGGCAGCUUCCCCGAGAAGGAGACCGCGGUUGCCACGCCCGCCGUUCCUCAGGGUGGCGUCACCGUCUAA